UUUGGUUACUAUGGCAUCCCGCGAGGAGAUUACUGUCUGUGAAGAUGAAGUAAGGUCUCAGUACAGCUACUUAGAGAAGAUGACAGAUUUGGUGGCUGUUUGGGAAGUAGCUUUAAGUGAUGGUGUUCAUAAGAUUGAAUUUGAACAUGGGACCACUUCAGGAAAGCGUGUUGUCUAUGUUGAUGGAAAGGAAGUAAUAAGAAAAGAAUGGAUGUUUAAAUUAGUGGGUAAAGAAACAUUCAUUGUUGGAGCAGCCAAAACAAAAGCUACUAUUAACAUUGAUGCGGUCAGUGGCUUUGCAUACGAAUACACUUUGGAGAUCAAUGGAAAGAGCCUCAAGAAGUACAUGGAGAACAGGUCAAAAACAACCAAUACUUGGGUCCUGAACUUGGGUGGUACAGACUACAGAGUUGUUCUAGAAAAGGACACUAUGGAUGUGUGGUGCAAUGGUCAAAAGAUGGAAACAGCGGGUGAAUUUGUAGAAGAUGGGACUGAAACUCACUUCACUGUUGGUGAUCACAACUGCUGCAUUAAGGCUGUCAGCAGUGGAAAACGAAAGGAAGGAAUUAUUCACACCCUUAUUGUGAAUGACAGAGAAAUCCCAGAGGCUGUGGAGUAGCCUCUAGUUAACGGAUUAUUGUAGGACUAAGAUCGGCAAUGUUCAAUUACUGUGGUAAUUAUUUCAAUACGUACUACUUGGUACACCUAGUUUGUGCUGGGUUUAUUUUCUAGUUUCUGUAUAUGAAAUUAUUCUUUUUUAGGACCAGAUGAAAAUAAUUAUAUGCAAACUCUUGCGGUACCAGUUUUUAAAAAACUAUAUAUACAUAUAGAAUAUAUAUAUUG